UACUUCAGUGAUAUAUUUAAUGCAAGUGGCCAGCCUGAUCUUGUGAAAAAAUUUGGAGACUGGUUCAGUUAUUCCAAAACUCCUAGGGCUCAGAUAUUCAGGAGGAAUCACACUCUUGUGGAGGAUCUACCAUCUAUGGUAAAACUCAUGAGGUACAAUAACUUCCUGAAUGAUCCUCUUUCACUCUGCUCAAGUUGUGAACCAAAGCCAAAUGGAGAGAAUGCAAUUUCUGCCCGCUCUGAUCUCAAUCUAGCCAAUGGUACUUACCCUUUUGGAGCUAUGCGCCAGAGGCAGCAUGGUGGCACUGAUAUGAAGGUCACCAGUUAUGAGUUUGCAAAGGAGCAUAUGAUGCUUGCAGUUAAUGGCCCCACAUGGUACCAGGUUCCUCCUUUUCAGUGGAGCACUUCUCCAUUCAGUAACCUCAUGCAUAUGGGUCACCCUGACCUCUGGAAGUUUGAUCCUAUCCUCAUCAGGUGGAACUGA